AUGGAUGCAAGAUCGUUUUAUGGAAAUUUAAGAUAUGUAAAUGUAGUCGAUAAUGGGCUUCAAAGCGACGAUGAUUAUAUAUCCGAAUCAGAUGAAGAAGUUGUUGGAGCACAAGUUUCUGGCCAGGAAGAUGUAUUUAUAUUGGAGACCGAUGAAAGCAGUUCCGAAGACGUAUAUGAUGAGCCUAGUAGCUCAAACGCAAAACGCGCUAAAAAAUCGAAACCACCAAACUGGAAAGAAAAUAACUUGCCCCCGUAUUUAAGUGAAAACUUUCCAUUUCAAGGAGACAUGGAGCUUCCAAGUUUUAUCGAUGAAUUAGAGACGCCAGCGGAGUUCUUUCAAUUUUUCUUUGACGAAGAUUUGAUAAACUUUAUAGUUGAACAAUCGAACAUACUUGCGCUGCAAAAAGACAUAAAUAAGCCGGCAAAUAUUACUAAGAGCGAAAUAGAGCAAUUUAUAGGCAUAGUCUUAUACAUGUCUUUGAUGAAAUUACCAUCGUCGAGGCAUUAUUGGGAUACUACAGUUGGCCAAGAAUUUGUACGCACCAUCAUGACUUGCAAUAGAUGGGAAAACAUUAAACGCUUUUUGCAUUUCAACAACAAUGAGGAUAUGAAAUCGCCAGGUGAAGAUGGAUUUGACAAGCUGUUCAAAGUUCGACCACUUCUAAAUAAAAUCCGUGAAAAGGUACUGCUCAUACCAAAAGAGGAGCAACUGGUUGUGGAUGAGCAAAUAAUUCCCACAAAGUGCAGACAUCAUCUAAAACAAUACAUUCCGGCCAAACCGCACAAAUGGGGUUUCAAGAAUUUUGUUUUAAGUGGAGUUUCAGGAUUUAGCUACGAUUUUGAUAUAUUUGCUGGAGCACAAAGUGAUAAACAUCCAGAGGGAUCACCGAAUCUGGGAAUCAGCGGAAAUGUUGUUACAAGGCUAGCAGUCACUGUACCGAGAUAUCAAAAUUACAAAAUUUUUUUGACAACUGGUUUACCAGCCCCGGCCUCCAAGUGCAUCUCAUGAAAAGUGGUUUAUUGUCUUUGGGUACGGUAAGACUUAAUCGAGUCCCUAACUGUAAGAUGCCGACGGAAAA